GUGUUUCUAAAACACGGCACGGCCCACUAAACAUCAGUUACGUCUCCUUCCGAUUUCGAGUCGAACUUGUUGCUUGUGCAAAUUUUUCAGAUUAGAAUUCUUGAACUGCGCUACAUUUCACAAUGACGGAGCCUCAUCUUUCUCCAGAAGAACUUGCUGAAAUUCGCGAGUCGUUCGACCAGUUCGACUCGGACAAAAAUGGCCAUAUCACGACUUCUGAAAUUGGGGAAGUGAUGAAAGCUCUUGGAGAAAGCAUACCCGGCUACAAGAUACGAGAUAUCAUUAAAGAAGUGGAUUUAAACGAAAAUGGCACCGUCGAAUUUAAUGAGUUCUUGGAGAUUUACAAGAAAAACAGCAAGAAAUUCUCAGCUGGCACAGAAUUUAAGAAACUUAUAAAGAAAACAGAGAAAGUGGAGAUUUCAGGAGGAACAUCUGAAAGUUCUGCUGAAGGCACCAAGCACACCUUCUCAGAAGCUGAGAAGGUAGCUUUUGUAGACUGGAUAAACACUGCCUUGCAAGAUGAUGCAGAAGCCAAGGCGUACUUGCCAAUGGAUCCUGCAACCCAAGAUCUAUUUGUCAAGAUCAAUGAUGGAAUCAUUCUUUGUAAAAUGAUCAACUUGUCUGUACCAGACACGGUCGAUGAACGUGCCAUUAACAAACCAAAAGGUGGAAAUUUGACUAUUUUCAAGAUUCAUGAAAACAUGACAUUGGCUCUGAAUUCAGCGCGCUCCAUCGGUUGUAACAUUGUCAAUAUUGGAGCCGAGGAUCUGGAGAAAGGAAAGCCUCAUCUUGUACUGGGUUUGCUGUGGCAGAUCAUUAGAGUAAGUGAUUCAGAAUGUUACUCGGUCUUGCUGAGACAGAUCACCCCUCCUGAGGUUUUUGUUGACAACAGACCAAUGAGUGAGAAAGAUCAUAACAAGAGAGCUGAAAAGAUGCUGCAAAUGGCAGAUAGAAUUGGUUGCCGAAAGUUUGUGCGACCAAAGGUAAGAUCCUUCCGUAAUUGGAUGAACAGCAUUGGUGUUAAUCCAUAUGUGAACAAUCUUUACAGAGACCUUUGCAAUGGAUUAGUUUUGUUGCAGUUGUAUGAUAUUGUGAAGCCAGGCAGUGUUAAUUGGGACAAAGUGAACCGCCCUCCUUUCAAACAGAUGGGUGGGAAAAUGAAGAAAAUAGAAAACUGUAACUAUGCGGUUGAAAUUGGGAGGACAUUUAAGUUUUCAUUGGUUGGAAUUGGAGGUCAGGAUAUCCAUGACUGCAAUGAGACUCUUACUCUUGCCGUUGUGUGGCAGCAGAUGAGAUCGUACACCCUUGCCUUGCUUUCAAAGUUGACAGGAGACGGGAAAAAGAUCGAGGAUAAAGACAUUGUUGAAUGGGUGAAUGAUAAAUUAAAGGCAGCAAACAAAACGAGCAGCAUCGCAAGCUUCCAAGAUCCUACAAUCAGCACCAGCCUGGCAGUUCUGGAUCUUGUCGACGCCAUCAAGGCUGGAAUUGUAGAAUAUGACAUGGUAUCUGCAGGAGAAACUGAUGAGGAGAAACACGAAAAUGCCAAAUACGCUUUGAGCGUCGCCCGAAAGAUUGGCGCCACGACCUACGCCCUUCCCGACGAUCUGGUUGAAGUAAAACCUAAAAUGGUGCUGACAGUUUUUGCCUGUCUUAUGGCUACCGCUUUGGCGUUGAAAUAGUCUUCCUAAAGGCUCUAAACAUUCUCGUUUCCUAACGCAAUUGAAAUUCAAUAGAUUUUUUUUUUACAAAAAGAAAUGGGAGCGUAAGGUAAAUACCAUUGCGUUGUAACACAAAAAGUUAAACACAAAAGAAUGCUGUAACCACACGCUCACUAAACUAAGGAAAAAAAUUUGUAGGUACGAGAAUGCGCAAAAUUAUUUAUUUUAGUCACGGUCGAUAAGUUUGCAAGUAUUUUUUUUUUAAUAGCGCGAUUCCAAGUAAUUAUAAUUUUUUCGCUGGGGGAGAUCUAUUUUCCACCCUUUGGGUUCACGGAAUGGAAUCAAGUUCUUCAAACAGGGAUUUGACUGAUCCCGUGCUUAAGUUGUGUUCGAAAGUAAAGUUUUCUUUACUUUCGCAUAAAAAAUGAUAGAGGCUUGGUGAGCUGAAAUUCGCGUUUUACAUAACAUUGGUGUGAUGUAUAGAAGCAUAUAAACAACUGAAUAAGAUUAUUACCUAUGCAUGAUAAAUGAAAACAUUUUCUAUGUUAUCUGAAAAAUUUUAAAAUCAUUUUUGCAGUGAAUAGCGAGUGGUUCUCUUCCUUUGUUAGACUAAUUAAAUAAUAAUAAAAAAAAUGGCAACCCCA